AUCAGCUGUGAAAGCAAGUUCAGUGUCCUGGCUCAUGUACAUGUAGGUUAGUGUCUGACUACUUCAAGAAGCUGAUAUGUUGGUUACCAUGGUUAUGAAGAUCUUAGGCAGAGUAACUCAUUCCUGAAUCUGUCUCUCCAACUCCUAUUUAGUGCCAUUCUUUGUGUACGAGCAUAGUAACCAUGGAGACGGACCUCUCGCUUUGUGGUAAUAGAAAGAACUCAAGAUUUUUUAAAUACAGCUGGUGAUGAUAUUGAAUAUUGUUACUUUUUCUGAUAUUGGCACAGCCUUAAUGAAAAUAAGGAACUGGUUCGUGGUCUGAUGAUUGCCCUUCAAGGGGAAUCAAAGAGAAUCUGCCUUCAUAGAUGUCUGAAGAGAUGCCCACUGCACUUUGAACAAGAGUUCUUGGACUUCAAAAAAGGUUGAUGAGAGACACUGCCUACAUGGAUGCUUGUAAAAGGGUUGCCUAUUCAUCAGGAACAGCAGUUGAAAAACCUGCCACAAAGGUUAAUGAGAGACACCGCCUUCAUAAAUGUCAACAGAAGGGCUACCCUCUCCAUUUUGAACAAGAGUUCUUAGACUUCAAAAAAGAACUCCCAAGAGUGUGCAUACCAGCAGUCUACCCUCAUCGUGUUACCAUCAACGGAGGUCCAGGGAUCAGACGAAGUCACCGGGCACCUGCUCCACUUCGCUGCGCGUGCCGGUGGCCAUUAGGGAACACAGCACAGGUUGGUGGGCAGCAUCAAUGUUACAUUGGUUGUACUUGUGACCGGCGGAGCAAUGAAUUCAGGAAGGUCAGAAAGGGGUGAGUUGUUAUCAAGUCAUUUUCU